CGCUCAGUGACUUUCCUUCCCGGACACGCUGCUCAAGUCUGGUAUUAACUGUGCAAACCCAGGUUGAAGAUCACGACCGGGCAGCGCACUCUGCCAGGGAGAAAGCCGAGUGUCGGCUGCAUAAAUUAGAGGAAGCAAUUUUGGAACAACGGACUCUCCGGGCUGUAAAUACCGAAUUAGUGAACACUUGCCAGACACUUGAACAGAAGACAAGAAAACGGACAAAUGUCUUGCAUCUGGAUAGUCUUACAACGAUUCCAAGACUGGAAUUGACACCUUUCUCACGUGUAGCCAGUGGAAUCCAUGCUUCAUGUGAAAGGCCCAAAUAUGGAGAACCAGAGGGUGGCGCUCUGGGUGUGACUGGAAGACACAAGUACCCAGGCCCUGCAUCUGGUCCUCACCCAGGAGAAGAUCUUCCAGGCUGCGUCAGGAUGAAUGAUGACCUGAGGAUGGACGAGAAUGGUGUUGAACACAUACGUUCCAAGAGCCUGCCACAGCCCAGGGAAUAUUCCACACUCCCAUCUCCUGCACACACUUCAUCCACAGAAAGUACUAUAACUUCAAGUGAUUCUGGGUCAGAAAUUUUGAAUAUGGCUUCUGGUGACCUUGAUUGCAAAUUAGUCUGUGAGAAAGAGGAGGAUACAAGACCAGCUUCUGUGAUAAAGAUCAAAGACAAAAGUCCUGCUCCUGAGAAUAUUGCACUCCAAGGCUCUGUGAAUGAGGACAAAACCAUGUUAAAUAUGGAAGCCAAAGAGGAACCAGAAACAAUAGAUGUGCAUAGAAAAGAAUGUGCCACAGGAGUGGAUACUGCUGUUUCCACUCUUCCUGUAACCACUAUGAAAUCGGUUAACUUUAAACAGAGUGACAACACUUCUGCUACUGAGAAGGAGGUGGAGGCCGAAUUUCUCAGAUUAUCUUUGGGAUUUAAGUGUGACUGGUUCACCUUGGAGAAGAGAGUAAAGCUUGAGGAAAGAUCCCGUGACUUGGCAGAAGAAAAUUUGAAGCACGAAAUCACUAAUUGUUUAAAGCUGUUAGAGUCCUUAGCACAUCUAUGUGAAGAUGACCACCAGGCCCAGGAAAUCAUUAAGAAGCUGGAGAAAAGCAUAACAUUCCUUAGCCAGUGCACAACACGAGUGGCCAGCAGGGCUGAGAUGCUGGGAGCCAUUAAUCAGGAAAGCCGAGUUAGUAAAGCAGUUGAAGUGAUGAUUCAACAUGUGGAAAACUUGAAGAGAAUGUACACCAAAGAGCACACUGAAUUAGAAGAACUGAAAGAAGUUCUUUUGCAAAAUGAAAGGUCUUUUAAUCCUCUUGAAGAUGAAGAGGACUGCCAAAUUAAAAAACGUUCAGCUUCUCUAAACUCCAAGCCACCUUCUCUUCGAAGAGUGACCAUUGCCUCUUUGCCCAGAAAUAUUGGAAAUGCAGGAAUGGUGGCUGGGAUGGAAAAUAACGAUCGUUUCAGUAGGAGAUUGAGCAGUUGGCGUAUUUUGGGGUCAAAGCAGAGUGAACACCGUCCCUCAUUACAUCGAUUUAUUAGCAGCUAUUCCUGGGCAGAUGCUGAAGAAGAAAAAUGUGAACUAAAAACUAAGGAGGACUCAGAACCACCUGAAGAAGAAACAGUAGAAAGGACAAGAAAGCCAAGUCUUUCUGAAAAGAGAAACAACCCGUCAAAAUGGGAUGUCUCUGCAGUUUAUGACACAAUAGCUUCCUGGGCAACAAAUCUCAAGACUUCCAUCGGAAAGGCCAACAGGGUGCUCUGGCUUCCCAUUGCAUUCGUCGUGCUGUUGGCAGCUUUGGUGAGCUUCCUCACAGGCCGGUUUUUCCAGAAGUCUGUGGACGCUGCUCCCACUCAAGAAGGGGACUCCUGGAGGUCUCUGGAACAUAUCUUGUGGCCAUUUACCAGACUCCGACACAACGGGCCACCACCAGUGUGACUACCGCACAUCCUAACGUGUGUAUUGUUUUUUUUUUUUAGCAUUUCAGUAUCUGAACUUUUUGUAAAUGAGUAACUUUUAGAUGGGAAAUGAUAGCAUGGAGCCAGAGGUUCACAGAAGGACUAUAUUUCUUACCUCCCCAACUAAGAUAUGAUGGGGAGGAAGCCUGCCUGUGAUCUUUUAAUGAGGAGAUAUUGUCUGUUGAAAUUUACUGAAAUAAAGAUC